CCGAUCAUCAACUACACGUGUACGGUGCUCGUGUCCUAAAAUAACCCGCUCAACCGACUAUUCAGCGCUUUAUUAACUGCACGAAAACUGCACUGAUCCUUGGCUCACGAUCGUUACUCGCUUCGACAACUCUCUCUCUCGAUUCUCAACCAACUGCUUUUGUCAACAUGGGAACAAAAUUGAAAUCCAUUACAGCCAGUUUCUUCCUUUGUUUGCUGCUUUUUCCCGUGGUUUUCUCUACAUCAAAUGGCGGGUUAUAUAGAAUUGGACUCAAAAAGAGGAAGUUCGAUCAAAACAACCGGCUUGCUGCCCGGCUUGACUCCAAGGAGGGAGAAUCACUCAGAGCUUCUGUUAAAAAAUAUCAUCUUCGUGGAAACUUAGGAGAGUCGGGGGAUGCUGAUAUAGUAGCGCUGAAGAACUACAUGGAUGCUCAGUAUUUUGGUGAGAUUGGUGUUGGUACACCUCCACAAAAUUUCACUGUUAUAUUUGACACUGGUAGUUCAAAUUUGUGGGUGCCCUCAUCUAAGUGUUAUUUCUCGGUUGCUUGCUAUUUCCAUCCCAAGUACAAAUCAAGCAGCUCAAGUACUUACAAGAAGAAUGGUAAAUCAGCCGAUAUCCAUAUGGAACUGGAGCUGUUUCGGGGUUCUUUAGUGAAGACCAUGUCAGAGUUGGUGAUCUUGUGGUUAAAGAUCAGGAAUUUAUUGAAGCAACGAAAGAGCCUGGCCUACAUUCCUGAUGGCCAGUUUGAUGGAAUACUUGGACUUGGAUUUCAAGAGAUUCUGUUGGACAUGCUGUUCUGUUGUGGAAGUGCUGCACUUAGCUCUUAUUAUUGCUUUUCUCGAUUUUUAUUUGAGUUUAUUGGUUAG